AUGCCAAAGAAUGCAAGAAACCCGACCACAGAUCAGUCUCGCGGCACGGUGCGAAAGUGGCCGCAAGAGCUCAAGGACAUGCGCAAGUUGCAACUCCAUUGCGCUCGCAUGUCACGAUUCCGCAACAAACGAGCGGCUGAGAAGAAGAGUAUGCUGGAGGAGCACCAACAACUCGAGCAGUUGCUCGAACAACGCCUUGUGGAGCUGCGACGGAGGGGCCUCGACACGGAAAACCUGCCGCCACUUCAGCGCGAGUUGCAGCGACUUGUUCUGGAGCAUGGAGGGCUACGUGACGAGAACGUCGCGCUUCGACAGGAGCUCUCACGCCACCUCAAGUACCUACAAGUCAUCCAAAGGGCCGCAGCCCACGAGCGUCACUCAAGGGCCAUUGAACCAAUCGAGGAGCCCAGUGCCGUCACAGUCCGCUGCAUCAACUCGCAAUGGCAGGUAAUUACCGAGCAAGCUGGCCGUCGCGUGGAUUUCCCAAGCGGAGACCCGUCCUUCUUCUUCCAUCCGUUCUCUCGGCAAGAAUUCAACGCGGUUCUGAGCCGUCACGACACCAACUCAUCCGCUCGCGAAUCGAGCUUGGUCUGUGCUGGAACAUUCCUCGGCUGGAACAUUUACCAUGGUGCUGCAGUCCAAGGGAAUGACUGGAUCAUCGAUCACGUGCGCUGCUCCAGAAGAAUUGAACGCUCCAUUGACACGGUACUUCACGGCAUGUGCAGGGAGGACGGUACCAGCAAAUGGCCCAUCAUGCCUACGUCGAAGGAUCAGGGACUGAACAUGGACAUCUCUAUCCAGACGCUGCAGACUCUCGACGACGCCUCCUCCGUGAUCGUUCGCUACUACUCGGGAGGAGCGGCCAACUACCGCUACAUGUGUCUGGUCAAGCGAUCCAAUUUCGAUCUGAUCGACGGACAGCGCGUGUACAAGUUUUACUAUGUGGUUGCAGACUCAGAGGCGAAUGCUCGUAGUCGUGACGCUGACCCCGCGGCCCAAUACUGGGGGGGGUACUCGCUGACGUUGAUCGAAGCAGACGGCGGAGCAGUGGACGCUGUCUUCAACAGCUUAGGCUGCUUCAAAAGCAACCAGGAAGCGCUCGGUCACAUUACGAUGUUUGGCCGCAUCGUCACAAGGUGGGAGCAGCUCACUCUCUCAUCAAAUUUGCUCAAGUUUUGCUGA